AUGACCGAGGUAGCCAAUGGUCAGGCCUUGACCAACGGUCAUUCCAAUGGUAGCAUGACUAGUGAGCCGCCCGAUAUCCCUCAUAUCACCAACAAUAUUGUGCUGUUGCAUACCGUCCUCAAGUACUAUACGACCGAGGCAUACAAUCAGCUAACAACCAUCAUUGAGACCUUAGCACUGACAAAGAAUCUGGAAACAGACGUUGAACAAAAGUUAAGAUUUUUGCAAAAGAUCACCCUGAUUAGGGAAGAUUUCGUCAAGCUAUAUACUUUGGUGAAGUGGGCAGCCAACGCCAACGAUGUUAGCAUGUUGAUCGAUUUGCUCAACUGGUUCCGCAUGCAAGACUUCCACUUUGAACAGUUGGCAUUUCAAACGAACUCGCUAAACUCGUUUGGAGGGGCGAAGUUGCCCAAUCUGGACAUUGACACCGCUUUGGAAGUUCUCAUACAAGGACGACCGCAGCUCCCACUGUACAACUACAUUCCUACACCUCAAGUGACGCCGAAGAAGAUUCUUCAGGUGCUUCGUGAUCUCAACUUAGUGUUGACGACCAGAAUGGCCCUUUUGGAAAAUAUUCCUCAAAGAUUUCUCAAUUCUUACGAAGUCCGUGAUGGGCGGAUAUAUUUCACCAUAGCUAACGAAUUCCAAGUUGCAGUAACGGUUGCUAAUGACGAAAUGUUGACCCUGGAUGCCGAUUACCAUCAACUGCCAUUCUACUUUGUCGAUUUCAAGUUUUUAUUUGGCCUUAACCCAGAAACACUGUUGAUCACUCACCACGAUAACAAAAUAGUCACAAAUCUUCCUCGCCUGCUGCAAGAGCGCCUCGAAAAAGUGGCGAAUCAAGUAUUAUACCUGCUGGGUCUUCCUGGGUUGUACGAUUUGUUGCACAAGUAUCUGAUCUCAUUCAAAUUGUACUUGAUUGCGAAACAGCUACGGGAGCUUCUGAUCAAUCUGAAGUGGCGCGGUAACAUCCAGUUCAACUACCAACACGGUAGCGCUCACAUAAUCAUUAAUUAUUGGUGCAGUCAAACACUUAGUCGAAAUUGGCGUCUGUUCAUCGAAUUGGGGGUUGAUCGCAGUUACAUGCUUAACUUUAGGUGGUUUAAGGAUGGACAGUAUAUUGAAAACCACGGGAUCCUGGGAUUGUUUUUCAAGGAGCAGACUGAGGAUAGCUCUGUGCCUUUAGCUAUUACCAGGCUGGAUCUGAUGCUGCUGCUGAUGGUUCAAAUGGACUCCGCCGUUCCUGAGGAUAACGAGGACCCUGGGGACAUUUCUGUGGAUUUAAUUUUGAACACCAUCGUCAAUAAGCACAGUGAAAUGUUGAUGCUUCUGAUUUAUGAUGCGUUGGUCGAACUUUUCUCAAGGUCAUCAUCAGAAGAUACUCCAGUGCUGUGGGUUACGCCUCACCAAAUUCGUCUUCAAUUGCUGCCACACAAACUGACGAUAUUUGCUAUCAAUCCAUUAACAGGCUGGUAUUACUUUGUGGACCCCACACCAAUGGAGGAAAAUAUUACGGUCAAAAUUAAUUCAACCCCAACAUUGGUACCUUCUUCAAGGUUAAAAUUUGUAAGUGAAGAAGUUAUGGUAGCGAAAAUUGUCGACCAUCUUAUUCAAUUGCGACUUGAGCUGCAUCGUGCUGAAGUGAACACAAAGUUGUUGACAACUGGGUGGAUUUGCAAUGAAAUUAUAAAGUUGAACGAUUUUGAGCACACAAAGCUUCUCACGAGCGAUGCCACAAGCACUAAGUCACGCACCAUGACCCAAUUUUACCGCCGAAAGAAUUGGCCACUGCUGUGGUUCCUAAUUAGUAUGCUUACUGGCUUUCUGAGCAAAACCUACUGGUGGGUAGCUCGUAUCAAGCUGAUCAAAGGUGAUUGGAAGCUACAAUGGAUUGAGAGGCUUCGAUUCGACGAAGGUGCCAAUGACACUGUGGAUAAUGGCGGACCGAGCGAGAAAAUGGAAUCCGAGGUGUCUGAAAACCACGGGAGUGUCAAUAAAGGCGUCGAGCCUUAUCACUUGACGUAUAGAUGGUUCAGCGACUUGUCUACCGCUUGUAUAAAUAUGAUUAUUGAUCAUAUGUUACUUGAAGAGUUACGCACGCGUCAAAUACGUUAUGUCACUGGAGCAAACACGGCUGAGUUGAUGACUAAGUUGGGUAUUUCCGAAAGUGCACUUCUGGAACAAGAAUUGGAGCUUGGAAGUAACGAUCGUCCCACCACAUAUGAACUGGUUGUGGUCAUACACAAUCUUGGUGAUUUAUUGCCAAUUGAGGUAUCGACGAACUGUUUGUUUUUGAAAGUUAAACUCGUUAGUGUUGGUGGAGUCACACUGAUGAAUUUGAAGUUGAUGGGCUCGCUUAAGCUUAAUAUGAAUUUUGCCCCCGGCAAUGUGGAUUCGCUUAAUUUGCGCAUCCGUGAUUCCACAUUUGAAAUAUUCGAGGACAUCAAUUUGACGAAUCGAAUUAACAAUGAGACUCUGGCAAACCACCCAUUGACGCCAUUGUUAGAGCCAGUCUUCAACAGACUCAAUAAACUCAACCAAUUGAUCAAAAUCUUUCAACAGUUGGAAAAGAAUGGGAUGGAAGUCGUGGAGAAUAAGUUGGAUAAGAUAAUCGUCAAAACGGACCUGUCACUUGGGCAGAACAUUCAAAUCAGAAUGCCGAAUAAUCCACUCGAAGCUGUAAAGUUUUUACCUGUUGAUGGGAGCGAACGAAGCAGCCCUGAAAUCACGCUCAUCCUAGACUAUCUCAACCUGUAUAUCCUGGCAUCUGCAAGCCCCGAUCUGAUGUUGGGAGUGGUUCGCUAUAUCAAGGAGGUCACGCCUAUUUUGCUACUGGUGCAACAAGUACGUCAAAUGGUGCAUAAUGUUUCGGACACUCUCUUGGGACCCUCACGUGUGCCUCGACUCCUUUUCGACAUCAAAAUCUCCACACUUGACAUUAUUCUGUUUGUCUUUCAGAUCAAUCAGUGGAUCGGACCGUCGACUAAGUCAAAAUUGACCAAAGACAAAAUAAUCAUUAAUUUACUGUUCAAAACGAAUAAGUUUGCCCGGUGCCCUACCAACUUGAUCAAAAUAUCAUUGAAGGACAACAUCAACCCUGAAAAUUUGAGAUACAAGCGCUUAUUUGAGCUUAUAUUUCGACUGAUUAAUGAGAUGAAAGUUUCCCGUGAGGCACAGCCUAUCAUUAAGCUUAAUUGUGAUUUUUUGGUAAGCCCAUCGGUUAUUCAAGAUAUGAUGUUGAAGAUAGCUGAAUGUUUUGUGGUGUAUUUGCGAAGUGAAAACUCCAAUCACUGA